UUGCCAUCUUUCUGGCAGUGUCAUUAAAAAGUAAAUAUCAGAAAAAGCUUGUCUUAUCUGCCAGGAAGACCGGUAAUGAUAGGAGCAGAUAGCAUUGUCUUCUGGCUUGCAGUCCAGGCAAACUUUGUGGAAUCAGAAAGUACAUUGAUGUAUGCUCGAUAAAUAGUUGAGGCCGAUCGUGGAGGGAAAUAGCGUGUGACAAGUAGACACCAUGCCUGCAGAGGCUCCCGAACCCCCUGCCAACAAGCCGUACGCGGCGAAGGUCUUCAAAGACAUGAUCAACUUGGUCUGGCCUGGUACCACCUACGAUGGGGGUAGCAUCGUGACAGGGUACGUGGUGGAGAUGUGUGAGGAUGGUAAGAACAACUGGAAAGUGCUCACCAAAGACGUCUUCAGCACUAGCUAUGCCAUCAAGGGGCUCAAGGAGAAGUGUACCUACAAAUUCCGCGUCAGCUGUGUCAAUGCUGUGGGUACCAGCAAGCCCAGUAUCAUUUCAGAACCUAUCAUGACUUCAGAUGCAGGUGUUGAAGAUGAUAUUGAUGAAGAAGAUGAACCAGAUGAGGCAGCUUUUGAACAAAGAAAAGUCAAAGUCAGGAAAGAAAACGUCCGAGACUUCUAUGAGAUAAGAGAAGAACUUGGAAAGGGCAAGUUUGGAACAGUAAACAAAUGUGUGGAGAAGAAGACCAAGAAGAUCCUUGCAGCCAAAUUCAUCAAGGCAGAAAAACCUGCAGAUAAAAAAGAGGUCGAACAUGAAAUUGAAAUUAUGAUGAUUCUCCAGCAUCCCAAGCUACUUCAGUUGUACGACGCUUUUGCCACAGGAAACAACAUGGUUAUGAUUCUAGAAUAUGUAUCGGGAGGUGAAUUGUUUGAGAGAGUCAUUGACGAAGAGUUUGACCUGACAGAAAAAGAAGUCACAUUCUUCAUGCGGCAAAUUUGUGAAGGUGUCAAAUUCAUGCAUGCUUCAAAGAUUCUACAUCUGGACAUGAAACCAGAAAACAUCCUAUGUGUACGGAAAAAUAGCAAUAAAAUCAAGAUUAUAGAUUUUGGUCUUGCUCAGAAGAUGACAAAGGGUUUGAAGGUGUCGUGUGGUACACCAGAGUUCUUAGCCCCAGAGGUUGUAUCGUAUGACGAGGUCUCCUUUACAACAGACAUGUGGUCUGUAGGUGUUAUCUGCUAUGUCUUAUUGAGUGGUUUGUCACCAUUCAUGGGCGACAAUGAGGGUGAGACGAUGAGUAACAUUCUCAAGGUGGAGUGGGAUUUUGAGGAUGAGUGCUUCGAUGACAUCUCAGACAUGGCCAAGAAUUUCAUUGAGAACCUGCUCAAGGCAGACAAGGGGGAGAGAAUGACUGCAGAGCAGUGUCUGAACAAUGACUGGCUAAAAAAAGAGAUAAAGAGCACACAAUCCUUGUCCAAGGCUCGUAUCAAGAAAUAUGUCAUCAAGAGAAGGUGGCAGAAAGCCAUUAAUGCCGUCCGAGCCAUGAUACGUGUCAAGGGCAUUCUAUAAGCACUAGACUGGUGCAGUCCUUUGCUUUGUUUCAUCCAAGCUGCAUUUUCUUCCCGAAGCUCAGCUGCCACUCUGCAACCAUUCUUUGCCCUGCAGUUGUCAUGGCAACUGUUGUCACAGCAACUGCAGCACGGCAUUGUGGGGCCUUUCAUCCUAGAUGUUUGGCGUCCCUAUCUUUGGACAUAUUGCAGAGGUAAACAAACAAAGUCUACAUGAAGUUCAUGGACACAUCAUAAUGGACACCUUUUUGUCCUUUUUCUCAUUUUUUUCGUGAUUUCAGCUUAAGCAGGAAUGCAUUAAUAUGCACAAUUGAAACACAUCAACUACCCAGCAGAUGUGAAUAAUGAAAAACUUUUUUCAAAAUAUUCAGUGAAAUAAACUUUCACGAAGUAUUUGCGGAAAGUUUACCCUCAAAAAGGUUUCAAGAAUAUGUUGAAGAACUUGGAAAAGAGUGGUAUUUACUUCUGCCUAAUAAUUACUGGGGAAAGUUAUUGAAAAAAAUGAUCUCCAUUGACAGAGAUUUCAUUGAACAAUGAAUUAAUUUCCUUUCCAAGUUAAAUGAAGAGUUUUUGCUUUUUGAACUUUACUGUGAUCAGCUUGGAUAUGGGAUUGAUUGUUUUAGAGGAGAAAUCCUUUACACUUGUACAAAAACUGUGAAAGAUUUUUAAACACUUGUAAAAUGUCCAAUAUUUUGUCAUUCUUUGUAGAUUUGUAGAGCUGUAAAAAAAAUCUAUUUCAAAAAAUCUCAUUUAAAAAAUGUAUAAAAAAAGUUACAAACAGAAACCCAAAAAAAAAAAAAAAUAGUCAUGGUUGGUAUUCGGUGCACUUUAAAUACAAGGCAAUUGUGUUUAAACACCAGACUUGGAUAUUGUGGAGAAGGCAGGAUUUGUACCCAGUUAUUCACAAAGAGGUUGUUUUAAAGCUGAUGUUUCUCCAGAUGCCAAGAACAAACACUCAUCACUUUGGUACUGUUCAACGCACAGCUGGAAAGACAUUCUGCAGUUUUGGAGUUGAAUUUUGCAGGAACCCAACCCAUGUCAGUGCCUUUCAAAUUGCACAGUCGGGAUUAGGUGGUUUCACAUUAGUGGAAAAAGUGUGUGAAACUGGGCCUUGGAAAUUGGUAAGACACUGGGAAUGAAGUUAAUCACAGUGGUAGAUAAUCUCAACAAGAUUGACGUGUAAUACCAUUUUUUUUUGUUAUGGUGCUAACACGAUAUGUCCAGCUUUCUAAAUCCACAUUCAUGUUCAUCUAGGCACUAUAGAUGCAACAUGAUUUUUUUAAAUAUAACCCUGAACAGAGACUGCUUAUCGAUUCCCUUUCAGUUUUUGUUCAACUCAUCAUAGCCUCUUGGAUUUGAUUUCAUUAACAACAGCAUUGUUUGCAACAGCAUUUCCGUAAUAGCGUUGUACCUCUGGUGUGAUCAGAAGAAAAAUACUAGGGUCAUCACAUAACAUGUAAUUACAGCUUAUGGUGUGAACUACACAGAAGAUAGAUACCAAGCAAAGACUUUCAGCAAGUGUGCCAUGCAUUCUGUGUUUACCAUUUCUUCAGCACGAUGCUAACGAUAGUCGUAUAGUACAUUCAGUACUCCUUGAAAAAAAAGAAGUUAUUAGCAAUUCCAUCAUGUUUGGAUUCAUACUAGAUACUUUGUAAUUACCAGCCAUUGUGUAGUUGUAGCCUGCAAUAUUUAACUUGAUGUGUUUCAUCAAUCUGAAUUGACAUUUCUCUGUUAUCCAAUGGAUCAGAAGUUAACUAUCGCAAAGACACAUUGGCAGAAUUGUUUACUUUAUUUAAUUUUUAAUCUGAACUCUCAGUGUUUCAGUCAUUCCUGAGAUUAACAAAGAACCACUAUGAUUCAACCAUCAAACUGAUCAUUAAGUGUCAGAAUUAUGAGAAUAUUAUUUUAAUGCAAAGAAGAAGGUUGAAGAUAAAAAAAUUAUGUGACCAUUAGUAUUCAUCGUAAUUAGAAAUUGUGGUGGUUGCAAUUUCCAUUUUGCUUGUUUUCCAUUUAACAUUUAGUCAUAUCUUAUUGGUUGAGAAGGCUGAGCGACAAUUAAUUAAUUGUAUAGCAGGUCUUUAUAUGAGUCAGUUUGCCGCUUAAAGUAACAGGAAAAUUGAGAGAAACACCAGUUAAUUCUCAACAGUCUGAAACAACUGAAGGUAAGGCACAAUUUUCAAUGAAUCGGGAGAGGAAUGCUGUCAUCAAAUGUAGAAGUAACUGGAGGUGGUAUUUGUGGUGGUGUGAAGCUGGACAGAUUGAGGAAAAGAUUUUCUCGUGGAGAAAUUUGGAAGAUUGGUCUUUGAAGUUCAUCUUAAUCAGCAGUAUUGAAAAAUUAGACUUUCAUGGCGUUUGGAUUAAGUUGUCAUUAAUAUAAGAAUGUUGUGAGUAAGAAACAUGGAAUCUGAAACAUCUGUGAAAACAUUUGGUGUAUUUUUGUUUAUGUUUUAUUUGUGGUAUUACUGCUAGAAAAUUACUCGUCCUAUUCUUUCAAACUUUCUGUUCAUCAGUAGCGUUUUCAUGAAAUUGAAUUACUAUGAGGUGUAUUUACCAAAGGAAAUUGUUUGUUACUUGACGAUUUCAUAGUUUUAAGUGUUCAUUUUAUAAUUCAGGUUUAAUUUGGCAAGGUAGUAGUGACUGUGUGAACCUGUUAUUUAUAUGUAUAGAUGUACUUCUGAGUUAAUACAGCUGUUUUUGUUCGGUUGACAAUUUUCAUGUGUAAAACGUGUACGAGUGGUGUUUCUUUUCCUUUUUAAAGUUCAGGGUGAGAUGUAAUUUUAUACGUGGUCCGAUAAAGAUCGUUUGUGUUCAUAUUCAGCAGCGAAAAAAAUUCUGGCCAACUUGUAUGUCCAUUUUCCAUCGACCGUCGUUUCAUUGCACCAUUUUCCCAAAUUGCUCCGAAUUCGUGUGUCUGAUAAAGACUGUAUGGUAUCAGAUUUGCAAUAUUUGAUUUUACAACGUUCCUCUUCCCUUAAUUUUCAUGACUUGCUCCUGUGCACUUGUUCAUCUUUUCAUUUCUCCCGUCUAUCUUAUCUGUCACGUUCUCUACUGCUAAUUCUUCCCAAGGUCACCUGUGACCUCACUUCCGUUUCACUCCGUCUGUCUUCCAUAACGUAACAUGUUGUAAUUGCUGUCAUUGUUUUUGAGCCUCAUAUGACUCACUUUUACUAUCGUUUCAGUGGUAUACACAAAUAUUGUAGUGUUUGGUAUUUUCUCGUCAAUCAGCGAGUCAAUGAGUCUGUCACUCCGUCAAUCUUUCUGUAUGUAAUAUAUUUACAUUUACUUAUAAAUAUGGAUAUAAAUAUAUAUCCCGGUUGAUGAUGCCUGCAGUUAUGUCGUAGAGUUAGGACCGAUCUUAUUGCUGUUAACAUUUAUUGGAAUCAAAAGCAGUUUGAUGUUUCUGUGUUGCUUCCAAGCAAACAGUUCAGGACCAGUGUUCUUGCCAGUGUGUCGUUCAUGCUGACGCUGCCCGCUGAUUGGUCAAAACCAAACUGUAUAAAUUUUCUACACUGUACAAAGUUUCUAUACCUCUUUAUUCGCGCGUGGACGUGACACCCCUUUUACAACCUCUUUCCCACUUUGGCUUUAUUCAAAAGCACUUUGAAGUUCAUAACGCUGAUACUGGGGAAGAAAUUACCUACUGUAAUAACUGCUUUGUUCGUAGACUAUCCCCAGCCAGGCGGUUUUACCCACUCCAAACUUCAAUGGAAUAGCCAGAGCGCGUUCAGCCAGUAAUCCUCUAAACGACCAAUCGACAGCCACAAAAGUGUCUGAUUUGCGUAAUGUUUGACGCGCUAGAGCGUUCCACUUCAACUUCAGGGGUGUGUUUGAAGGGUGGGCAGCGUUGUGUGUCGACAUUGUACUGAAGAAUAUUGUACUAUAUAGGACAAAUUAUCGAUUUUGUUUUAUUUCUGCUUUUCCAAUAUCCAUCGUUGUUUGUUGUUCAUCAGCUUUUAAUUAUUAGACAGGAAAUGGAGUGGGUUUUCUUAGCAGUAACAGAUUUAAAACUUUUAAAUCACUGGUGAUGUUUUCAAUAUUGUUAUAUUCAAAAUGAAAUGUAGAACCUUACUCAUACCACGUGGUGUUAUUUGACAUCAUUACCCCUUUGUUCUCUAGACAGUGAUAUUCAAUUAAUAUAGGAAAGAUCGUGUGUUACAUUUUGACGCAUUGUGGACGGAAUAAAGAGUAAUUUUCCAAACCUGA